CGAGCCUCUCGUGCCGUGCUGUUUCCAGAGCGGUCUCCCCCUAAUUACUCCCCUCUUCCACCGGUAUCAGCUGUUUAACGGCGACACAAUGACUGAUAAAGACGCUGCAUUUGAUGAUGCUGUGGAGGAAAGGGUGAUCAAUGAGGAGUACAAGAUCUGGAAGAAGAACACCCCUUUCCUCUAUGACCUGGUCAUGACUCAUGCCCUGGAGUGGCCCAGUCUCACCGCCCAGUGGCUGCCAGAUGUUACCAGACCAGAGGGAAAAGAUUACAGUGUGCACCGGCUGGUUCUGGGGACACACACGUCCGAUGAGCAAAAUCACCUUGUGAUUGCCAGUGUUCAGCUCCCAAAUGAUGAUGCCCAGUUUGACGCCUCACAUUAUGAUAGUGAAAAAGGAGAGUUUGGAGGAUUUGGAUCAGUAAGUGGUAAAAUCGAGAUUGAGAUCAAAAUCAACCAUGAGGGAGAGGUGAACAGAGCCCGCUACAUGCCCCAGAAUCCCUGCAUCAUUGCCACCAAGACCCCCACUAGUGACGUGUUGGUCUUUGAUUACACAAAGCAUCCCUCUAAACCAGACCCCUCUGGAGAAUGCACCCCUGACCUGCGGUUGAGAGGUCACCAGAAAGAAGGCUAUGGCCUCUCCUGGAACCCAAACCUCAGCGGCUGCCUCCUCAGUGCUUCUGAUGACCAUACUAUUUGCUUGUGGGACAUUAGCACUGUGCCCAAAGAAGGAAAAAUUGUUGACGCCAAGACAAUCUUCACAGGCCACACUGCUGUGGUCGAGGACGUCUCCUGGCACCUGCUCCAUGAGUCACUCUUUGGAUCUGUUGCUGAUGACCAGAAACUCAUGAUUUGGGACACACGGUCCAACAACACCUCCAAGCCCAGCCAUGCAGUGGAUGCCCACACCGCUGAGGUCAACUGCCUGUCCUUCAAUCCCUACAGCGAGUUCAUACUGGCCACUGGCUCAGCAGAUAAAACUGUGGCUCUGUGGGACCUGAGGAACUUGAAACUGAAGCUGCACUCUUUUGAGUCACAUAAAGACGAAAUCUUCCAGGUUCAGUGGUCUCCUCAUAAUGAAACUAUCCUGGCCUCCAGCGGCACAGACAGACGACUCAAUGUCUGGGACCUCAGUAAGAUCGGAGAGGAGCAGUCUCCUGAAGAUGCUGAGGACGGCCCUCCUGAGUUGCUGUUCAUCCACGGCGGACACACAGCUAAGAUCUCAGACUUCUCCUGGAACCCCAACGAGCCAUGGGUCAUCUGUUCUGUAUCAGAGGACAAUAUUAUGCAAGUCUGGCAGAUGGCUGAAAACAUCUACAACGACGAGGACCCAGAAGGUGCUACAGAUUCAGAGGUCCAGGCAUGAUUCCCAUCUCCACAUCUCUUCCUUCGACCUGCUUGUUAAAAAUGGAUAUAUUUUCCACUGCUGGGUGCGUUAGCAGUAAUGUUUUUUUAAUGAACAUUUUGGGCAGCCGUGUUUUUUGUAGAAAACGAAAGAAUAAAUUGCUGAGCUGUCAUCAUGUUUAAGUAUUUAAAACAAGUCUAUCAGUUGGAUUUUUAGGUCUUUUUAGUUUUUCAAACUUCCAGUACUCAACUCUGACUCUCAUCUAUGAUCAAACCUGAAAGGUGUGCCCUUCAUCAUUCAGACUUGCCUUUUGUAUGGUUUUAUUUCUUCCCUCUGUGCAAAACAUUUCUACCAAGAUCCAUUUUUAUUAAAAUUGUACAUAACGUAGGUUUUACUUUAUUUGCUUGAUUCACAUAUGAAUUUUCCAGAUUGUUUGUUGCGUCUCUUAUAUGUGUUUUUCUCUGCAUUUUUUUUGUGUUUUUCUGUGCUGCAUCUGAACUUUUGUGCACUUAAGUAUAUUCAUAAUAAAAUAUUUACAGUUAAU